AUGUCAUUGCCGCAAUUUCGCACCGCCGCCGCGCGUCUGCAGUUCCGCGCCUUGCGACAGCGAACCCAACUCCGAGCGCAAUCGACAUCUACAAAUACCAACAAGGCCGCAGAACCAGCCCCGACAAAGACGCCAACCGCUUCGGCCACCGCGUCCCCAUCUCUGCCGCCCAUCUGGCAGCGUCUGGGACCCCUGACCACAGCCGCCAAUGCCUACAGUCGAUCGCAGCGAAAACGCCCGUACACGACGCAAAUCGCAGGCGCACUAGUCAUCUACCUCUUCGCCGACCUGAGUGCCCAGCGCAUCGGCGGAAGGGAACACGACCCCAAGAGGACAGCGCGGAUGCUUCUUAUAGGACUCGCCGCUGCCGUUCCAUACUUUCACUGGUUCCGCUUCCUAAGUAACAACUUCAACUACGCGUCCAAAACGCUGUCCAUAGCUACCAAGGUCGCCCUCAACCAGCUCUGCUUCACGCCCACCUUUAGCACGUACUUUUUUGGCGCGCAGGCCCUCCUGUCCGGGGAGUCGUUGGAGGCGACGGUCCAGCGGAUUCGGGAUACCGUCCCCACCAGCUGGCUCAACUCGUUCAAGGUGUGGCCUGCGACUGUCGCCUUCUCCAUGGCCUUUUUGCCGUUUGAGUUUCGGAGUAUUUUCUCGGGCGUCGUGGCCGUCGGGUGGCAGACGUACUUGAGCUAUCUGAACAGACAAGCCGAGCUGCUGGAGGAGGCUAGGACGUUGGCCAGGGGGACAGCAGACGCGGAGAAGGUGGUCGUGGCGGCUGUUCAGGAGCGUCAGGAGCGGCAGGCUACGUCGGCAGCGGCAGCGUAG